AUUGCAUUGAAUAUCAAUGUCAUGCUUUACAUAUGCCAUGGCGGUAUGAUUUUUCACCUAAGCCGGUUACCAGUGGAACAAUUAAAAAAAAAUAUUAAAGUGUCAUUCAUUGUGUCAACAACCAGUUGUCACCUAGAAAUAUUUCGCUAAUUUUAAAUCAAUAAACAUAACUUAUAUACUCUCAUAAAAUGCGCAGUUGCUUUUAAAAUAAGCUGUACAGAAUAUUCUAUAACUGGUGUGUAAUAAAAAAUAAAAUAUAACUAUGGCGAGCUCAAUCAUUUUAGCCGGUCUCGGAAUGGCGGCAGUGGGCUUCGCAGGUCGUUAUAUCCUGAGACAAAUGCCAAAUGCAUCUGUUAAAUUUGCAGAGGCUAUGAAAAAUUUACCUAAAUUUGAUGCCGACUCUCUGGCAAAUUCUAAAUAUUAUAAAGGAGGAUUUGAGCCGAAGAUGACGAAAAGAGAAGCUGCUCUUAUACUAGGCGUUAGUCCAACAGCUAGCAAAGCUAAGAUAAGGGACGCCCAUAGGAAAAUAAUGUUGUUAAAUCACCCUGACAGAGGAGGGUCACCCCUCAUUGCAGCUAAAAUCAAUGAAGCCAAAGAUCUUUUAGAAAGUGGCAAAUCUUAACAAUAUGCUUACAUUAGAGGAUUAUUUUUUCUGUAAAUAGACUUUCUUAGAAAUUGUGAAAACCGUCUAGAACAAAACUUUGAUUUGUUAAAAUAAAAUAAAACACAUUUAACAUCCCAA